AUGUCUCCGUCAUUGGUAGAACUGCGGCCUGACCGGCGUCUUUUGAAUCACGAAUUCGAAGGGUAUAAGUUAAACCUACAAGCUCUGCCACAGUUCACUUAUGAUUUAAGCGUUCCUGUAGAUAAAGUGUAUCCUGAUGAAAUACAAUACUCUUUUGUGCAUGCAAAGUUAUUUGCCCUACAUAAUCAUCUGGUACUUGAUAAUUGGGAUUAUUCUUACGCCUACUAUUACAUUGAUAAGAAACUGCAAGUACGGAAAAUUAGUUUUGAUAGUAUAAACCACACAUUUCAAAAUACAGUUGUUUAUGACAUUCCAGCCCACACUGAAAGAAAAUCAGGACAUUUUAAUCUCUGCUUAACUUUCCCUUCGCCUAACUUAGCUGUGGUCAGUGAUGGUACGGGUUAUCUACAUAUAGUUGAAACUAGUACAAGAAAUAAACCUACUGAAGAGAUAAAAGUGUGGCAAACAUUACAUUCAAGUUUAGUGCUUGGUGAAAAUAAAUAUUUUAUAGUAGUAGAUUCUAGAUCUCAGGAAAAAGACAAUUUUGAACUGGUACACUGUCUUUUACAAUCAGUGGAACAGAAUGAAAAACAUUUUGACUCAAUAUUAACAUGGGUUACUUUUCAAAAUGAUGGACAAAAUUGGAUACAAGCAAACUUAAGACAAUUACAAGGAAAAGGCAUUGUUCAUUAUGCUGCAAUGGAAACUAGUUGCUCAGCCAUAUAUGUAGCUUCUGAUAACCCUUUUAAAUUUGUUUCCGAUUCUGAAAUAGAGAUUUCAGAAAAAACUGAAGAGCUGCCUAGGCAAAUAAUAUAUACAUGGCUUCAAACAACGGAAGAUAUAACAAUAACAUUGAAACUUCAAGCAAACUUUGAUAAAAAACUACUUUGUGUUAGUGUUACACCCAUAUCUAUAAAAGUAAGUUAUGCUGGUAAAAUAUUUCUAGAAGGAAAGUUAAGGCAUAAAGUUGAGAGUGAGCUCACAACAUGGAAUUUGCAAGAGAAUGGACAAGUUGAUGUAUUAAUUACUAAAUGUGAAAGCAUGAUAUGGGAUGAGCUACUAGAAGGUGGAGACAGAAAUGGAGAACAGAUUCUGGAUGCAAGUCUAGUGGAAGAAGCUCAUAGAAGACUUGCUCACUUGUGUUCUGAAACAGAAGUAACAGCUGACCAAUCUGCGCCCGGACUUUCCACACAAGAAUUAGAGGAAUGUGAUGCUGCAUCAGAAGAAGAUACUGUGUUAGUUCGCAUGGAUUUAAAUAAUCAUGAAAUCACUCAUCGAAUUUCAUUAAGUGUUCAUCAAUUCUUGUUUAACAUUAAACUUGAAACACAUGAAGUUCCUGCAUUGGCUCUGAGACACGAUGUGGAUGCAUGCAUCUGGCAACCCUAUGCUCAUUUGAUAAACUCUGAAACAUGGCCUGUAAAACACCAAGGAACUCUACUUGCUUUUGGAUAUGUGCAGUCUUCAAAACAGAAUCGUAAAUUUGUUACCUGUCCACCAAAUUUUACAUAUGGUGUAGUAUGUGAAGCUUCCAAGCACAUUUUCGUCUAUAAAAAUUCUGGCAAUCAAGAAUGUCAGUUAAGGAAACGCACUGAAGGGUAUAUGAAAAAUGUGAAAAUUGGACAACAGUAUGUUUUAAAUAUAGACAAGUAUGGGGAAGUAUUAGGAAUCAAUGCUACUAAUGAUUAUUUAUUUGUUAUGACUGAAAAUACUUUAAUUGUAACACAUAUACAAUGA